CUUUUCUCACUGCAUUUACUUUUAUAGAUUAAUUAAAAUUUGCAUAGAUUUUCGUUCGAGAUAUUUUGAUUGCAUUUAUGGUCUCUGAUCAUGUUGUAUAUAUGUUGUAGAAAGUGAGCUAUUCUCCAAAUACAAAUACAUGGGAAACAAUCAUGGAGGCUUUCGUCUUCUCGGAAAUGGAAAAAGUUCUUACCAUUUACAACUAGGCAGGGACGUUACGAUUGACUUGAAAAAAGCAGAGACUUGGGAAGAAGGUGAUGGAAAAAAGAGCAAGACAUGGAAAGCUAGCGUACGAAGAGUUGAAGGUGGUGGUGGUCUUCGCAUAAAUACAAGGUCAGAGAUGGAGCGUGAAGGAAAAAAGAUUUAUGUUAAGGAACUUCUUCCGAAUAUAACAAAGACUGUUAAUGCAUGGGGAGUUAUUACUGAACAAUCUGCUAUAGGAUAUGGGUCUGAAUCGAGGAGGGGUCUUGUUGUUAGGGAGUGGAAGAAAAAAGGAAGGGAUGAAAAGCCUUUUAUGAUAACCGUGGCUCACUAUUUUACUUAUAUUAAUAUUUCCACUAGAACUGAUAUUGGGCUCUCAGUGGUGGUAAAGAUUGGAGUUUCAUCAGAUAAUGGUGGUUUGGAUUUUGAUGUGGAGGGUCCUACCCAACACCCUUCUUCAGCAUUAUUUUACAUGUUUGAUGAAGUCAAAAGAACAAAGAAUUGGAAGCCUACGUCAUGUCCUCAUUGUGCUAAUACUCAGACACAGUGUAGCGGCAUGUUGUCUGAGAGAACUGAAGACAGCAACAAUGAUCCUCCAGUAGCACGAACUCAUCAUGCACGAGCAUUUCUUGCCAAUGAGGGUACGGUUAUCGGCGAUAACAAUGGUAAUGUCAAUGUGAAUAAGCUUAUCAUUUGUAAUGCUCCUCCACGACAGAAUUCUUUGGGCUUUGAAGGGUGAUUAAUAUAUGUAC